CAUCCAAUACCUACAUGUCAGUCACAUCGGCUUGGUGUAGGCUUCUCUUCUUGACCAACAACAACCUCACAAACUUGAGAGAUGGCACCCAAGAAAGCCAAGAGGAGGCAGCAGCAGGGUGAGGGUGGAUCCUCCAACGUGUUCUCCAUGUUCGAGCAGAGCCAGAUCCAGGAGUACAAGGAGGCUUUCACAAUCAUCGACCAGAACAGAGAUGGCAUCAUCAGCAAGGACGACCUCAGGGACGUGCUGGCCACCAUGGGUCAGCUGAAUGUGAAGAAUGAGGAGCUGGAGGCCAUGGUGAAGGAGGCCAGCGGCCCCAUCAACUUCACCGUGUUCCUGACAAUGUUCGGCGAGAAGCUGAAGGGUGCUGAUCCUGAGGACGUCAUCGUGAGCGCUUUCAAGGUCCUGGACCCCGAGGGCACUGGCAGCAUCAAGAAGGAAUUCCUCGAGGAGCUCUUGACCACCCAGUGCGACAGGUUCACCGCUGAGGAGAUGAAGAACCUCUGGGCUGCCUUCCCCCCUGAUGUGGCUGGCAACGUUGACUACAAGAACAUCUGCUACGUCAUCACACACGGAGAGGAGAAGGAGGAAUAAAUCCUCGACAUCUCUUACCUCUAUUGAAACCCACACUUGUCCAUACCCUUAAUUCUUCCUCCUCUCCACCAAUGAAACAUCCUCCUCGCACACACUCGCGCCCGGGUCGGCUCUUUCUUCUUACGAAAAGACUUGUCUCCUCUAUCGAGAUGUUCAGUGAGAGGACGGGAGGCUGUGGGGGUGUUUGUGUGUGAGUACCAACAGGGGAACAUGGGAUUAUUUUCAAUAAAAAAUAAUCUUGUGACACCGAAACACUCUC